CCAUGAAGGAUUUUCAUCCCACCCUCAGGCCAACUCUCUACACACAAAAAACAGUAACACAAAGUUUUAAGGCAACCUAGCAGAGCCAACUGCGAUGAAAGGUUAUCAUUUUCUCAUAAGCACUCUUGCCAUUUUGGCAUUUGCAACGUUCCUUGCCUCCGCCUAUGACCCCAGUCCUCUUCAGGACUUCUGUGUAGCACUUAAGGACAUCAAAGAUGGUGUGUUUGUGAACGGGAAAUUCUGCAAGGACCCAAAGCUUGCCAAUGCAAAUGAUUUCUUCUUUUCUGGGCUUCAAAAUCCAAGAAAUACACAAAAUCCGGUUGGUUCAAAUGUGACAGCCGUGAAUGUGGACAACCUAGCAGGACUGAACACUCUCGGCAUAUCCUUGGCCCGCUUAGACUUUGCACCAAAUGGCCUAAACCCUCCUCACACUCACCCUCGUGCCACGGAAAUCCUUGUGGUCUUGGAAGGAACACUCUACGUUGGUUUCGUCACAUCCAACGGUGAUGGCAAUCGCCUAUUCACCAAAGUGUUGAACAAGGGAGAUGUGUUUGUGUUCCCAAUUGGCCUCAUUCAUUUUCAACUCAAUGUGGCACAUGUCAACGCUGUAGCCUUUGCUGGGCUUAGCAGCCAGAACCCAGGAGUGAUCACCAUAGCCAAUGCAGUGUUUGGCUCCAAGCCACCCAUCAAUCCUGAUGUUCUAACCAAGGCCUUCCAAGUUGACAACAAGGUGGUUGACUAUCUCCAGAAACAGUUCUGGUACGACAACAAUUAGAAGAAGAAAAAAACAAUAAUUAUAUGUGGAAAAAGCAGAAAAGGCCUUACAAAUGGUUGUUUUUCACUACUUACAAAAAUCAUUAUGAUAUAAUAUUAAUAGAAUAAAUGGUUGUUUAUGGAUGCCUUAUCCUGUGAA